UGUGGAUCGAACGAACCACACCGGUUUGUGUAUGGGAUAUGCUAAAGAAAACAUAAUCCUGAGAUACGUCAUUGGGUUUUUAGAGUAGUGGAGCUGACAAUAAGUAGCAGGUGAAGCGUUGGGAGAUAGCCGACUCUCAGAACAUUGGAUUUUUAUCCGUAUCGAGAGUUGAAAUCGUCGUUCAUUUCGAACACAGAACUCCCUCCCGGAAGUGGACGAGCGGUGUUCUUGCCGUCACAGCACCCGAGCUCUGCUAACAGGGCCGAAGGUAUGUCUGCUUCUAAACUGUUGAGUAUAUUGAAGUAGCGUGAGUCAAUCGGUAGCUCACUGGGUUUUAUUACGAGCAAGAUUAACACUCCCGUUACAUAUGGCCCAGUUGCAAUCACGUUCGGAAAUUCCACCGUCAUUCAAGUCUUACAACAUGUACUACGACAAUCACGAAUCUCCACCGUCCCGCAUUCCACAGUUGAAAAACAACUAUGGAAGUGGACACCGAGCUGGCAAACCACCGCCGUCCAAACUUGAAAUGCUGCAAAGCGACUAUCAGAAAAAACUGUUGCGUGAAAAAGAGGCUAAGAUGAUCGAGCUGUACCAACGGAACCAGGAAAAUGCGAUUAGGAAAGUGUCGGGUAACAAUAAAAAUCGAGGCAUUGUCAGGGACUUUUUUCAGGAGAGACGUGCCAUGCAGAAACAGUCGAGUUCGGAGGAUCUGCCGACUAUGGCAGCUCACUUUAAACAGAAGAAACUUGCCCGCGACAGACUGCUUCAUGUAGAUAAGCCAAGGAGACCAAGUGCUGGAGUCACCAGGGUUAAACCACUGGCACCAAUUGAGCGCCAGAAAGGAUAUGCCGUCCCCGUACGAAAUGGCUACAAUCACCGUCAACACAAUGGGUUGGAGUACAACUCGGAUGAAAGCGACAAGUUACCAACACCGCCAAUAUCUCGGAAACCCAGGCUGGUUAGGCAUCAUCGUGUGAAACAGUCGCCUGAUGCCACUUUUUACGAUGACGCUACCCCGUACAGUGACGAGGACGCCCCUCCAAGUAAGAACAAUUUAAAACAUUUACAUGAAAAGAAAAAGAAAGAACAGCAGUGGAACGGCAAGAGAGAGAAAUUGAGCGAUUUUCAGCGAUGGCAAAUGAACCAAGAUGCGGAGAGACAGAAACGAUUAGAUAAAUUGAAAAGAAAGCCACAACCCCCACUGUCUGACGACGAAGAGGACGAAAACUUGAAUGAGAAUUUUCUGGCUCCAGUAACACCCAGUAAUCCUAAAUCACCCUCCCACACAUUGCUGCUGAACAAGAAAAUCAAGGAAAAAGAAAUGGAGUUACAAAGGAUGAUAGACGAACAGCAAAAAGAACUUAACCAGUUAAAACAAAAUGAAGAAAGGGAAGAAGAAGAAAGAAAGCGAAUGCAGGAGCAACGUCUUCGAGAAGAACGUAGGCGCAGGGAAAUUAAAGAGCAGGUGAGAUUGGAAACAGAGAGGUUGGAAAGGGAGGACAGUUAUAACAAUGACUUUCACGAUGAUUACAGUAUCCAGGAAUCUUACAGGGAGUCUGAACCAGAGCCAGAGCCUACACCAGAACCUAAAUACUUCCCCAAAUCCAAAGAAUCGAAACCUAAAUCAGUUCAUAGACAUCCACCUCCUCCACAGCCAGAACCGGAGGAAAGGAACGAUUACUUUGGCAACAGCGCAGAUGAAAACAAUAUAUAUGCUAAUACGAUUGACGAAGAGACAAGUGUGAGCCUCGAUUUAAGGAGAUGCAAUACUUGUGGACGGAAGUUCGCUUCGGAUAGAUUGGAUAAACAUGCCAAAGUGUGUCUAAUGAAAUCAUCAAAGAAACGUAAAGUGUUUGACCCCGUUAAGUUACGCACUGAAGGCACCCCGAUGGCCCAUUACAUACGACAAGGAAAACAUUUGAAGCCAACUCCAAAGGCGAAAGGCAGAGGUGGCAACUGGAGAGCGAAACACGAAGAGUUUGUGCGUUCCAUCCGAGAUGCGCGCAAGAUGCAAGCGCAUAUUGCAUCAGGCGGUAAAGUAUCCGACCUGCCCCCGCCAGCUCCAAGCAGCAAUCCGGACUACGAACAAUGCCCGUACUGCCAGAGGCGAUUUAAUCCCGAUGUAGCAGUCAGACAUAUUCCUAAAUGCAAAGACAUCAAAAAUAGGCCCAAACCACCUGCCAAACGGAGAUAACCGCUCACUGACAAUGGACAUGACUCGCGUUUGUAUUGGAGAAAUUGAAUUAUUUUUCGAAAGACGUUAGUGUGCUAUUUUCGCCAAUAAGGCAUUUAGCGUCUUAAAAUGGUGUGCUUUUAUAGCUCUCAAAUCAACGAAAGCGUUUUACCAGUAUAUCUCUAUUCGUAAAUUAUAAAUGAGUAAAUUUUAGUCAUUUACAAUACUUAUGCAUUGACCAUGACGUCAUAAGCCGAAAGGCUUCUGUUUUGGUGAUUACAUAAUGUUGCUUCUUUGAAAACAUGUAAUAUGUGCGUGUUUUACUCUCCAAUCAAAGUAAUUGGUACAAAAGUAAUCAUUUUUCAAUAACGCUGAUUGGUUUAAGUGUAUGCCGCGUGCACGUAGCGAUUGUACGUUAUAUUGCUUGCUAAAUUGUAUCGCCACAUGGUGAAAUUUACAACAAAUACAUGUAAUAUUAAUUCUUGGAACCCUGGUACUGUCGGUUUCAUUCACUACGUGCCUCAGCACACACUGGCUCCCGUACGAUGUAUUUGUUUCUUUCGUUGUUGCGCGUGUUCGACCAGAAGCCAGGGCAGUGGGCCACGUGAAACUGACAGUAACAGAAAUAGAUUUAAUGCCAAUCCGUGUACUGUUCAUCGAUCCCAUGUUCCUGUUACAUGCUAGUUAUGUUUUCGUGAACGUAAAUCGUGCACAUGUAAUUUUUCAUUUUGAUCACGUAGACAGUCGCAUCCGUCCAUGAUGCGUGCGAAAUAUCUUGCCUCCAAAAAUAUU